AAGAACGAUUCUGAAGCAAUACAACAAUAUUCAUUACAAAUCAUUUCAAUUGUUAUAAACAAAGAACCUCAGAAAAUGAUGCGAUUCCAGGCUAUUUUCUUUUUGAUUGCAUUGACAACAGUAACACUAGCCGUCUACGCACCCACAGACAAACAUGCAUUAGACAGACAUGGAGUAGAAAAGGUUUUGCUGGUUGAAAACACAGUUGGGAGAAACAUAAACGGUGGUCGUGGUGGUGGAUCUCUUUCUGUCCUGGAUGUCAUUGAUGCAAAUAGACGAGCAGGAUCAAGAGCUGGAACAUCGCAUGGAAUAGGAAAUGAAUUUCUAACACACGGGUCAUCAGCCGGUAGAGGACUGCCCAGGGAUUCUGUUGGAAGCAGGACAUUUGCAUCUAGAGGCUCUAUAGCUGGUUUGUCUCGGUCUUUAUCUGACGACGACAGUGACUGUCAUUAUGGGUGUGGAGAUGACAAGUUAUGUCGUAUGGGACAUAAAUGUGUACAUGAUGGCUGUAGCAGCUACUGCGUCGAAAUUUCUUCUGGAAGCAUCAUUGGUUCAUCUAGAUUAUCAGACUCUUUCAGAAGGGGAAACACAGGGUCAUCAUCUGUCUUGACCAGGGUUUCAAGUAAUGAUGGUCAUUUAUCCUCCGGCAGUCGAAUUGGUUCAUCUGGUUUGGCCAGAAAUUUAGAUCUAUCUAGGAAUGGUCAUUUGGAAACUAUUGGUAGUAGCCGUGGAGGGUCUAGUCAUACAGGUUCCGAUAUUCUUGGCGCAAUUACCUCUAGACGAAAUGGGCUAGAUGUGUUGGACACAGUUUCUUUAAGAAGAAGCGGAUCAGUUAGUGCUGCUGGUUUAGGAGUCGCGUUUCAGUCAGUGUUAGGAGGAAAGACUGGUUGCAAAACAGACUGCCAUCUCGAUUCAGAUUGUCCAACUAGCAAAUACUGUGCAUCUGUUAAUUGUCACAUGAUUUGUAGAAGAAGACGUUCCAAAGGAUACACACCAUGAAGAGAAUAUCGCCGAAAUGCACAAUUUGAAUUCUAACUUAUUAUUAGUACUUUUGUAUAAAAAAAAAUGUUGAAAUCAAUUUG